AUGGAUGAAAAUUCACUUUCAAGUGAACAAGUCCAGAAGAAUAAAGAAAACAUACAUAAAUUAUCAAGAGAUUUUCCUCUUAAAGCAACAGUACUCUAUUUGAAAAUCGUUCAAGAAGAAUUUGAAUUUGAAAAAGAAAGAUUAGAAAAACUUUUUGAAGAUUUUCCACAAGAUAGUAAUGAAGUACCAUUAAUACAAACUGUUAAUGAUGAAGAACCUUUUGAUGAUGAGGAGGAAAAUAGUAAUAAUAGGAACGAUGAUGAAAUAGAAAUAUUAACUCAAAAACCACCACGUACAUCACGACGUAAAAGGUUAAUCCAUCAAAAUGGUUCACAAUUAUAUAGUAAAUAUAUAGAAAUUACACUAAAA